AGAAACUUCUUGAGCAUCUACGGUCAUACUGGAUCCAGGAAACUAAAGGCUGUUCACUCUUUAACAGUUUUACAGAAGAAAGAAAAUCCAGGAGAAGGACUUUCUCCUCUUUUCAGACCACCCAGGAGACAUCUGAGGAGGGUGUCGCCAUGCUCCCAGCUCAAGAGGCCGCCAAAAUCUACCACACCAACUACGUGCGUAACGCCCGGGCCGUGGGCGUGCUGUGGACGGUGUUGACCAUCACCUUCGCCAUCAUCUGCGUGGUGGUGUUCAUCCAGCCCUACUGGAUCGGGGACAGCGUGCACACCCCGCAGGCCGGAUACUUCGGCCUCUUCCACUACUGCAUCGGGAACGCACUCACCUCGGAGCUCACAUGCAAAGGGAGUGCGAUGGACUUUGGCUCCAUCCCGUCCGGCGCCUUUAAGACGGCCAUGUUCUUCGUGGGGAUCUCCAUGCUGCUGGUGGUGGGCAGCAUCGUCUGCUUCAGCCUCUUCUUCUUCUGCAACGCCGGGAGCGUCUACAAGAUCUGCGCCUGGAUGCAGCUGGCCUCCAGCACCUGCAUGGUGAUUGGCUGUAUGAUCUAUCCUGACGGAUGGGACUCGGACGAGGUGAAGCGCAUGUGUGGCCAGCGGACCGACAAGUACACCCUGGGCAACUGCACGGUGCGCUGGGCCUACAUCCUGGCCAUCAUCAGCAUCAUGGACUCGCUCAUCCUCUCCUUCCUGGCCUUCAGCCUGGGCAGCCGGCAGGACAAGCUGCUGCCAGAGGACUUCCAGGUGGAGGGGAAAGAUAAUGCCUAGGCCCUCCGCGGACAACGGAGGGAAGAGAUGGACGAGGUUUUUACGAGGAGCACCGCCGACUCGAGGGAUCCAAAUGUAUUCCAAGGCUUCAGGACAGUUAAUUACAAGCUAAAAAUAACUUACUACAAGAAGUCCAUCAUACUGCCCUUGAAAUGGUGACAGCUCAUCCACAGACUUUGAGAACACGGGAAGAGUCGCUGUCCACCUCCAGCUCAGAUGUUACGGCCUAACAUUAGCUGAUUGAACAUGCUGUGGACUUUGCUUUUAAGCAUUUUAUUAUUUAAAAUGACGAGCAGCUCCUUGUUACUUUGGAGAGAGAACUAUUAUAAAUGCUAAGCAGACACCAUUAAAUAUGUAAAUUCAUCAUUUGACAUGCAAACCAACACCUGUGAAGUAUUGAAGGAGCAUUUGGAGUGACUUUGGUUGGACACUCCAAUAAAAAAUGAUCCUCAAAAUAAACUUAGAUCAUGGAUCUGUUAGUAGAAAAUAAAAUCUGAUACCACUCUACUGUAUGUGGAUGUCCUGAUGAUGCAUUAAGUUAAUGACAGAAUCUUUUAUAUCUCUGCUUAUUUGUGUUAGUCAGAGAAUGGAAACACUGCAGUGGCGAUUUAUGAGGCGAAUACAAUCUAGUUAGAUUUUGAAAAAUGUUUAUUUUUUAUCACCUACAGAAAAAAAAGAAUCAAAUGAAGAGCUGAGACAUGGACAGAAGGAGAGGAGACUUUGUAGAAAAACAAGCAAAAUGGUUUUGAGGGGAUUCAAAGCAUUAUUAAUAUUACAGCAUUUUGUUUUUAGUACAAUCUAUUAUUUUCAAAUCCAACACCUCCAUGUGCAGUGGAAACACUCGAAAUGAAGCUUUACUGGAAACCACCUGAACAUUCCUCCAGGCAUUUUUCCCGAAAAAAAAGUGUAAAAUAAAUGCCCAAACAUUUCAGCUUGUGCCUUCAAUGUACAGAGCAGAGAGGGAGAGACUAAAGGC